AUGGAGCUGACCAAAGGACUGCAAGCAUGUGUCUUUUCUGGGGACACCCCAAGCCAGUGGUGGGGUGGCUGGGGUGACACGAGGGUCUCUGCAGCUUGUCCACCCCAAGUUCUGCUGGUGCAGUCCAGUCCCAGCUUUUGGGGGAAUUUUUGCCAUGAAACAGCAGCAGGUGCUCCCCAGCGCUGCCAGUCCCAAAGCAACCUGAUGCCCACGUCCUCUGGGUUCAUGCAGGGACUAAAUUUAAACCUUGGCAAGGAGGAGAGGAAAGCUUCCCGCAGAGCUGGGCUGGCACUUAACCCUUCCCUGCUGAGCUGGGCUGGGCUUGCAGGUGGCAUUUGUACCCAGAGGGACUGCAGGGGACCUGCUGUGGGCAGUGCUCACUGGUGUGGUGGCCUUGUGCAAGAAGGAGUGUCUGUGUGGGAUUUUCAAACCCCCAAAUCCCUUUCUUCAUGCUCAGGGACAGGCACAGACUGCCAGGGCAGUGCUGGAGUUGCCAUCCCCGGUCCUGCUCCUCCACGGAGCUCCAGGGUGUGUCUGGGGCCAUCCCACCUCCUGCAGCACCCACAGCGGGUGCCGGGAAGCGGAUGGACAGCGGAUGGACAGCGGAUGGACAGCGGGUGCACACCACAGCCGGGUGUCCGGUGCUGCUCUCCUGCCACCCUCGCAGCCUCCGGUGGUGUUGAGUCACUUGUCACAGCUGUUGUCACUGUGACCAUUGUGGUUUUAGCGGGACCUGGGUGUCAGAGCAGCAGCAGCAGCAAGGACUGUGCUGAGCACGAGUGUUGGAGCAAGGCAGGGGAAAGGCUGGGAGAGCUGGGGCUGCUCACUGGGAGAGAAGGCUCCAGGGAGAGCUCAGAGCCCCUACCAGAGCCUAAAGGGGCUCCAGGAGAGCUGGAGAGGGACUGGGGACGAGGGAUGGAGGGACAGGACACAGGGAAUGUCUUCAUAGUGAUACAGGGCAGAGUUAGGUGGGAUAUUGGGAAGGAAUUGUUCCCUGUGAGGAUGGGCAGGCCCUGGCACAGGGUGUCCAGAGCUGCUGUGGCUGCCCCUGGAUCCCUGGCAGCGUCCAAGGCCAGGCUGGACAGGGCUUGGAGGAGCCUGGGACAGUGGGAGGUGUCCUUGCCAUGGCAGGGGGUGGAAGGGAGUGGCCUUUGGGGUUCUUUCCAACCCACACCAGUCUGUGAUUCUGUGACCCCCAGGAUGCUGUGCACAGCCCCUCUGGGGGUGCUGUGGGAGCAGCAGAACUGUCCGGGCAUCGCUGUCACUGCCCUGGCUACAGCCCCAGGCCACCAACGUGCCAAGCCAGGCCACACUGCAGACCUGCAGCUCCUCCUGCUGCUCCCGAGUUUGUCCCUCGGUGUGGAGGCCAUGGAGAGACCCCUGGGCUCCUCCUGCCAGAUGAAACCCAACCAGCACCUCCCAGCAGCCAGAGCAGCCAGCAUGAUACUGCCUGUAGCCUCACCACUGCAUUUGCUUAUUAACCUGGAUUUCGUGCCAGCUUGGAGCGUGCUCACCUCAGUGCUGGCAAGCCUGGCACGGGCAGCGAGGAGGGGGAAGGCUGCUGGUAGCUGCUGAAAGCAGGAUGUGCCUCUCCCACGCUGGAGCUACUUUUUGCGGCUCCGGAGGAGCAGGAAACACCGGCCCAGCUUGGCAGGGGCUUUCAGAGCCGCCUCGGGUUCAGGAGGGACCUGGGCAUCCGGGCCGCGGCAGCAGCCCCUGGGAGGAGCCCAGGCACUGGGACAGCCCGGGGCGCUGUGUGACAGAGGCGCCCAGCCGCCCCCCGAGCCAGGGCGUCCCUGCGGCACAGGGGCAAUGCCCGGGCGGCUGCCAGGGCGUCCCUGCGGCACAGGGGCAAUGCCCGGGCGGCUGCCAGGGCGUCCCUGCGGCACAGGGGCAAUGCCCGGGCGGCUGCCAGGGCGUCCCUGCGGCACAGGGGCAAUGCCCGGGCGGCUGCCAGGGCCGUGCGCCCCGAGCCGCAGAGCGGGCCCGGGCUGGGACACGGCGCCGUGCCAGGGGCCAGCCCCUCUCCCAGCCCCUGUCCCGUUCCCGGCAUCGUUUGUAACCUCCUGCCUCGUUCCCUGUUCUGUUCCCUAUCCCGUGUCCCGUCCCCAGUCCCGUGUCCGUUCCCGCCGAGCCCCACGGCAGGUGCAGGCCGCGCGGCGGGGCCCGCACAGACCCCGGGCCCUCACACACGCAGAGGGCCCACUUCCCGGU